AUGGGUUCUAUCGAAAUCCCCAACUGCUCCGGCUCACUCGUCUACAAGACGAUAUCCGACUUCAUCGAAUUCCCCAACCAUGAACAGAAGCUAUGGUGGCAUAGUACGGCGCCGAUGUUUGCGGAGAUGCUAAGGGUCGCCGGAUAUGACCUUCACUCCCAAUACAAGAUCCUGGGUAUAUUCCUCAACCAUGUUAUUCCUUUCCUCGGUGUCUACCCUACUCGUAUAAACAAUCGAUGGUUAAGCAUCCUGACUCGAUAUGGCACUCCGUUUGAGUUGAGCUUAAACUGCUCGCAGUCACUGGUGCGGUAUACGUACGAGCCCAUCAACUCUGCCACCGGCACGCCCAAGGACCCAUUUAACACUCACUCCAUCUGGGAUGCCCUUGAUCGACUGAUGCCCCUGCAGAAAGGCAUCGACCUGGAAUUUUUCAAGCACUUGAAACAAGAUCUCACAGUCGAUGACCAAGAUUCGGCCUAUCUCUUGGAAAACAACCUUGUUGGUGGCCAGAUCCGCACUCAGAACAAGCUGGCCCUUGAUCUCAAAGGGGGCAACUUUGUAUUGAAAACUUAUAUCUACCCAGCUCUCAAGUCACUCGCCACCGGAAAGUCGAUCAAGACGUUGGUGUUCGACUCAGUUUAUCGCCUGUGUAGACAGAACCCUUCGCUGGAAGCCCCCCUGCGUGCACUUGAGGAGUAUGUUGAUUCCAAAGGUCCCAAUAGCACUGCGUCUCCGCGCUUGCUCUCUUGCGAUCUCAUAGACCCCAGCAAGUCUCGAGUCAAGAUCUACAUACUAGAGCUUAAUGUCACGCUUGAAGCAAUGGAGGACUUGUGGACUAUGGGUGGCCGAUUGAACGAUGCUUCAACUCUUGCAGGACUUGAGAUGUUGCGAGAGCUCUGGGGCCUUAUCAAACUCCCCUCUGGCAUGCGUGACUAUCCUGAGCCUUUCCUGCAGCUCGGAACAAUCCCGGAUGAACAGCUUCCACUCAUGGCCAAUUAUACACUCCAUCAUAACCAAGCCAUGCCUGAACCACAGGUAUACUUCACAACCUUUGGCUUGAACGAUGGUCGCGUAGCCGACGGGCUUGUGACAUUCUUUGAACGACGUGGCUGGAGUCAUAUGGCUCAGACGUACAAAGACAGUUUGCGCGCAUACUACCCACACGCGGACCAAGAGACACUUAAUUACUUGCAUGCGUAUAUUUCCUUUUCCUAUAGGAAAGGAACACCAUACCUUAGUGUAUAUCUUCAAUCAUUUGAAACUGGAGAUUGGCCGAUCUCCAACUUCGGGAUUCCAGUUGCCAAGCCACUCCGUAGUAACAUAAGUGAUCCAGACCGUUGA